AUAAUAUGUGGAUGAGAAAGCAUAGAAAGAAGAAAUGAACAUCAACAUUGAGCAUCAAACACAAACGUUAGUAUAGUAAUGAUACUUGUUAGCCAUAUCCAACCUCCUUUUGGAGCCAUGUUUUCAAACUCUUCCAUUUCAUCAUCUUCAACCAAAUUCAUCACUUCAAUCUCUCCACAACAAUUCUUCAAUAAUCAACCACCUAAAUUCAACACCAUAAGAACCUUCAUUAAACCCUUGCAUCUUACACUAGCCAAAGCUGAAGGAAACAUAGACUCGUCUUCACCUACAAAACCCUCUUCUUCUUUUGCCAAUGAUCAAACGGUUUUUGUUGGUGACAAAGAUGUUCCGUUAGAGGGUGUUAUUCAGUUUGACAAACCAAAUAACUCUUCCUCUCGUAUUGAAAAAUGGGGGCGUGUAGCUCUGUUUGCUGGUGGAGAUGUGUUGGCUUUGCUUUUGUUUUCAACAAUUGGAAGAUAUAGUCAUGGACUGUCUGUUUUUGAUUUUGAGACUCUGCAUACUGCUGAUCCUUUUAUAGCUGGGUGGUUUUUAGGUGCUUACUUCCUUGGAGGUUUUAGUGAAGAUGGACGUGGAAUGAAUGGUCUACCCAAAGGUGUCAUUGCUACUGCAAAAUCAUGGGCUAUAGGGAUCCCUAUAGGAAUUGCAAUAAGGGCAGCAAAAUCAGGCCAUUUGCCUAACUAUGGUUUUGUAUUAGUGAGUCUUGGAAGCACUGCUGUUUUACUAAUCGCAGUCAGAGCAUUAUUAUACGCCGCUCUUCCAGUUGACAAUAGUAAGAAGAGUGAUGUCUAUCGUCGCGGAAGUCCCUUUGAACUUUUUGAGCUUCUCACAUCGUUAGUACGGCGGUGGUAGCAAUCGAUUAAAUGUUCAAGGAACUGUCAUGUAUAUGCAUCAGGAUAUCAGUUUCCAUAGCUAAAUCUCUUUGUAUUACUGUAUUUGAAUUUCAAUCAUUUUUUGUGACACAAUUUACAACUUUGAUCAUUGUAAAGUGAUUUAAAUCAUUUGUAUCAUGGUCAUGCCCAUCUGCAGUAUGAUCUGCUAGGUUUUCUGAAUGAGCUCAUCAUUCACUUCACAUGAUGAUGAAACGAGGUAGUAAUGUAGAAAAGCAUUCUCUACUAUAUCCACUUAACCUUUAUCUUUACGAAAUAUCAUAUGAAAUGGGACGAUAUUAGAAGGAA